AUGAGCAAAGCGUCCGGCAUAAUCGAGCUUCCAACACCAGAUGGUCAGCGGGUUAUUCCUGCCAGUAGACGCGCAGAUGGAUCAGUCCGCAAAGAGCUACGUGUUCGAGCUGGUUAUACCCCGCAAGAGGAUGUCGGUCGCUUCACCACGUCAAAAAUCGAGUCAUCCAAAGCACCAGCAGGAUACAUUCCCGGCCGAGGAAUAGUAGAAGCCAAUGCCAAGGCUGAGAAAUCUGUCGGACAACAUGUAUACCAGUAUGAUGAUGGUGGUAGUGAUGAAGUGAAAUCAAAGUCUGCCAAAAAGAAUGAAAAGAGGAGGGCUGCUAAGGCUAUGAAUGGGAUUACUGCGAGUGUGGGAUCUAAUGAUGGGGAUCAUGAUGAUGUGGCGUCAAAGGGGGCAGCUGUAGCUUCAGUGUCGAGUAGUAAACCAACAACCACAACAACAGCAACACCUGGAACCGCGUCAGCACCUACUUCAGCAGCAGAUACAGAAAAGAAGAUUAAAGCUCUGAAAAAGAAACUUAGACAGGCUGAACAGUUGCGUGAUAAAGGGGAUCUUGAUGCUCUGUCGCCUGAAGAACGUGAUAAAGUCGGCAAGAUAAAGAGUAUGGAAGAUGAGAUUGGGGAGUUAGAGAGUAUGGUGAAGCAGCUUGGGAUAUAA